CCAAUAAGAAUUGCAGAAAUUAAUUUUGUCAUAAAUCUAAACGUACUUCAUAAUAUAAAAGACUGAAAGAGUAUUACUGAUAAAUAAUCAUUCAUUUAUCAGCUCUUAAUAAAUAUUUAAUCUUUUACUGAGUGUGUUAUACUCAACGUUUUAUUUAUACAUGUGAAACGACUACAAAAAUUGUCAACGACAAAUCUACUCAUUUAAAGGUUAUGUUGUGCUGUAAUUCAUAGGCACAUUGACUGCAGACACUUUUAUGAAUGAAAAUCAAAAAGCUGAAGUUACAGGAUAAUUUUACAACAAAAUUGAAAAUGUACUAACUUUAUAAUAAGAGCAUUUAUCAAGGGAAUAAUCUUUUGUUAUGGCUGGUGGCGUUACUCCAAAAAAAGUAAAAAAACUAGCCGACUCAACUGGAAACCCAGAAGAUACUGAAGAAUCUCGGGAAUUUGAUAGUGACACUCAAAAAGCUUUAGAAGAAAUAGACGGUUGUCAACAUGAAAUAGAUGUUUUAAAUGAGCAUGCAAGUGAAGAAAUUUUAUCUGUAGAACAGAAAUAUAAUAAACUUCGUAAACCGUAUUUUGAAAAGAGAAGCCAAAUAGUUGACAAAAUCCCAAAUUUUUGGUUUACUGCUUUCAUAAAUCAUCCUGAUUUGGGCCCCUUAUUGGAAGAAGGAGAAGAGGAGGUUUUACAACACUUAACUAAAAUUGAGUCUGAAGAAUUUGAGGAUAUAAAAUCUGGUUAUAAAAUUGAUUUUUAUUUUGAUGAAAAUCCAUAUUUUGAAAAUAAUAUAAUAUCUAAAGUUUUCCACAUGUAUGGUGAUAUGGGUCGGCCUAAAUCUAGUCACACUCCUAUAAAAUGGAAAGAAGGUUCAGAGUUCCCUCAUAACUGUGAACAGCCAAGAACAAUAGUUUCUUCCAGAAAACGGCGUAUUGAACAUAAAUCAUUUUUUUCAUGGUUGCAAGACCAUUCAGAUCCAGUAUCUGAUGAAAUUGCUGAAAUCAUAAAAGAUGAUCUUUGGCUCAACCCUUUACAAUAUUUCUUAGUUCCAGAUGUUGAUAUAGAUAAUGGAAUAGAAGAGGAGGGAAGUGAGGGCGAAGAAGAAGAGAAUGAAACGGCCCAAUUAGAAGAAAACGAUGAAAAUCAGACAACUGUACAUGGUACAUAGAAAUUAAAUGCGAAUUACUGCUUCAAAGUACAUACCGCAAAUUUCUAAUACUCUAUGUAAUACCACAUAAAUUAGGAAUAGCAAUACUACAGUGUAUACAUCUAUUUUUCUUUUUAUUACAGAAAUAAUUUAUAGAAGUAAUUAAAGCCCUGAAAUCGACUUCUUUUUUAUUUUAAAGUGAUAAAUGCAUAUUUUCCAAUGGUUCAGAGGUUCCUGUGUUGAAAGCUCAGAUUAAAUAAGUGUAUUUGAAAAGCAGAAAAGCGAACGCAACUGUCGUAAGCGGUAAAACUUCAUAUAUUAUCUAUGAUAUUCGAAAAUAGAUGAAAAAUUAAAUAGUUUGUGUGUUACUGCAGUAUUUAACAAAAUAUGGCGAUAAAAGAAAAUGCAAGCUAUAAUUUAACAAGCAAUACAUAUGCUAAAAUUGUAAUCAUAUGAGAUAAAAGAGAAACGUGAUCAACUAGCAAAAGUAACUAUAAAGUUCAGGUUGCUUGAAUAUGUAAACUACUAAAAUCAUGUCGGAGUGUAACAGUUAUUCUUUAAAUGCUCUUAAAAUUUCUUCAGAAAUACCUACAACUAUUUUAGAAGAUUCACUUAAUAAUGAUGAAGAGGAUAUAAGCAAGAACCAAGCUUUUGAUGUAUUAAUGAAGCAAAAUGAUUGUACAAGUAACAAAGUUGAAUGGGAAGCAAUUGAACUCCCUGAUAUUCAAGGUAAUGAAACGUUUAUUAGUGAGAGUAUACUUUUAUGUUCACCAAAUGAUCACGACUUGAUAAAACUGUUUGGAAAGCCUGAAGAAAAUGUUGCAAAAUCAAACAUAGUUGUUCGUUCUUACUUUAAAAUUAAAACUCCACAAGUAACUUCUUAUGUGCCAAGCAAUGAUCGAAAGGCAAGCGUCGUUUUAGAUAAAUGUGAUAUCCUUGAAGAAGCCUUAAAUAGUCAGUUUUUUGUUAAAAUUAAACCAGAAGAUGGAAAAAUGGAAGUAUUGUUCCGUGGCAUUGAUUCUCAGCAAAUUCUUCCUAGUCAUUAUGUUUUACCGGAAUAUGGAAAUGUGGAUUAUCUCUCAUUGGAAGAACAAGUACAAAGUUUAACUAAAACAGAAUUAGUCCCAACUUUAAAUAAAAAAAUGCCAUGUAUACAACUGCAAUCAUCCAUUUGCAUUUGGCUGUGCCCACACCAUCAAUGCCGUAUAGCAUUUUUGAGAUUUUCAGCUGCAAAAAAUCAUACACUUUUACAUUUUGGCUGUAAGCCAUACAAAUGUGAUCAUCCUGGUUGUAACUGGGCGUUUUUUACAUCAUUUAAACUAAAACGCCAUAAGGAUACACACAUAAAAAAAAAAGAUUUUGUUUGUCAUUUUGAAAAUUGCGGACGCCAAUUUACUACCAUAUAUAACUUAGCUUGCCAUAAAAGGCUACAUGAAAGACCAGCAAAUUUUGAAUGCACUGUGCCAGAGUGUAAAGCUUUAUUUCAAACAGUUAGGGCUAGAGAACUUCAUCUGAAGACACAUGGACUGGCAGAAGCUCCUUAUCGUUGCCAAGUUGAAUCCUGUAAUAAAACUUUCUUUUUGGCCACAGCUUUAAUGUCCCAUGCUAGAAUACAUUCUCAUAAGGAAUCAGAAGUUCGUUGUCAGUGGCCAAAUUGCGGACGUAUUUUUGAGCAGCCUUGCCGUUUAAAAGAACAUGUUAGACAGCACACUGGUCAUAGACCCUAUGUUUGCAACUAUGACAACUGUAAAUGGGCUUUUACAACAGCGAGCAAACUAAAGAGACAUCUUAGUACUCAUACAAAUGAUAGAAAAUUCCAAUGUACUAUCGGAAAUUGUACAAAAGCCUUUUUAAGAUCUGAACAUCUUAGAGAACACACACUGACCCACAUAGGACAACGUAAUGGAAAUGAUACUUUAACUCCUGCAAAGAGAUCACAGCCUGAGUGCAGUACUUCUUCAGUUUUGAGUAUAUCAGAUAGUUCUGAAUGUCCAAGCCCAAAUGUGCUUUUAGAACAGGCCGUUCAAAGCCUUGAAGUACCUUCAGAUGUUAUCAUGGGAACAGGUAUUCUCCCAGAGGAAACGCUAGAAUUAUUACCCCAUGAAAGUUUUGAAAAGUUUUCAACAGUUAAUUUGAAAGAUUUAAGGAAUCUUGAUUAGUUUUUUUAGUUGCGGUUCGUUUAAUUUCAUGCUUUAUUCUUUAAAAGUGCUAUUUUCUACAGAAAGCUUUUUUCCUUAAUUUGUUUGCUUUUGCGUUUAAUUAACCAAGCUUCUACUUUUUGCUAUAACUUUUAGCAAAGAGAAAAGUUGAAUUUUUUCGUUGCUGACAGAGCUUUUAAUUAACAAUUGAAUAAGUUAAGUUAAUAAAAA